AUGAGCGGAAGCCACUUCACCCACAAUGGCACCUCCCUCUUCUACACCCUCUCCAACCCCAGCCCCAGCAACAAGAACGCCUCGGCCGCCGUCGCCCCUCCCACGAUCCUGCUCCUCCACGGCUGGACCUGCGAUAGCCUCGAUUGGUCCUUCCAGCUCCCCUCCCUCUUAGCCCUCGGCUUUCGCGUCCUCACGCUCGACUUCCGCGGCCACGGCCGCUCCGACCCCACCUCCGCCCCGGCCAAUACCAACAGCACCCUCUACUCGCCCUCGGCUCUCGCCGCCGACGCCGCCGCCCUGCUGACCCACCUCGACAUCACCACCCCCGUCAUCGUCACCGGCCACUCCCUCGGCGCCCUCGUCGCAGCCAUCGUGGCGGUCGAGCACGGGCCGUCGCGUGUCUGCGGCCUGAUCCUCGUGGAUGCGGCCUACUACCUCGACGCGAGUGCAGUGGUGGGCUUGCUCGCGGCUAUGAGAGAGAAGGAUGCGGAUCGCGCGGCCGAAACCGUCGCGCAGAUGAUGCAGACGGGGGGCUUGUACAACGAACGCACCCCCGAGUGGCUGAAGACCUGGCACCAGCUGCGGAUGUGGGGGUUGAGGCCCGACGUGGUGGCGACGGUGGCGGAGGAGCUGUAUGGGCGUGAGGACAGCGCCGGGCUGUGGGAGAAUGCGCACGGGUAUUUGAGGAAGGGGUUGGGGGCGGAGCGGGAGGAUGGGGUUCCCAGGCUGGCGGUAGUGUCGGAUGAUUGGAAGGUCGACGUGGAGGGGAAGAUUGGGCUGCAUUUGGCGCGGGGGGAUAAGGUUGAGGUUAUGAAGGAGGGCCAUUGGUUGCAUCAGCAGGAUGCGGAGCGGUUCAAUGAGAUUGUCAAGGGCUGGUUGGAGGAGAGGGGGUUCUUGCCUUGA